AUGACGCUCGCAGAGAAGAAAACGGCCUACGAAAAGGCCCAAGCAGAGCUGGCCCAAGAAAGGGCAUCCAUUGAAAACCUCCAGAAGGAGCUCAACUCUGUGAAAAGUACCAAGUACCAGUCACGUUACAAGCCAGGUGCAAAACCGAAGAAAUUGAUAUUCGAAAUGACUGAUGACUCCGAAGAUCUGUCCGAGGGCGAAGAGCCACAUGGAGAAGAAGAUGAAGCAACACCGGACCCCGUAACCAAGCGCCUGAACAAGAUGGAAACCCACAUGAAGAAGCAAUGCUCGCUGAUGCUGAAGCUGAUGACCAAGCUGCCAGGGGCACCCACACCUGUGGAAACGGAACCGACCGACGGGUAUGCAACGUCGCCAUUCUGUGAGGCGAUCGUCAGAAUGACGGUCCCACACCAGCUCCGACUCCCUACCUGGACCACCCUGUACGACGGAACGUCCGACCCAUACAGACACGUCAACGUCUACAAGCUCCGAAUGUGGCAGAUCGGCAUCCCCUAUGACCUGGUCGAACCCGUCAUGUGCAAAUCGUUCGGAGGAACCCUCGACGGAGCAGCUCUGGAAUGGCUCAUGAAAAUCACACUUGGAUCCAUCUACUGCCUGUCCGACCUCAUCAACGCCUUCUACCAUCAAUUCGCCAGCAGUCUCCAGUUGGAGAAACAGACAAGUGACCUCUAUCGGACAGCCAUCGAAGCAUUCAAAAGAGGUCUCAUCCCCAACUCGGAGUUGUAUCGGGAGAUAACCAAAUAUCCCUGCGCAACCUUCGAGGAGGUCAGGUCGAGAGCCACUGCCCAGAUGCGGAUCGAAGACGACGAGAUUACACGAAUGGCUUCUCAGCGAACAGCAGGGGGCAGCAGCGACAUGAGGUCGUACACCCCAAGGAACAACAACUGGCGACACCAGCCGUACAACCGUCAGAACCAGGUACAAAAUGUCAAUCAAUAUGAUGAUGCUAACAAUGUUUACAGGAAUGAGCGGGCCGACCACCCCAACAUCUCCGAAUACGGCUUCAACGUCGACAUCGGAGGUGUGGUGAACGCCCUUCAAAAUGUAGGUGGAACAGUCAGGUGGCCCCGGAAAAGUGACAGACCAGAUUCAAUGAAAGACAUGAGCAAAUGGUGUGAUUUCCACCGCGACAACGGUCACAAAACCGAGGAGUGCAUCUCCCUCAAAAAGGAGGUCGCAUUUCUCCUAAAACGAGGGCAUUUGAAGGAGCUGCUGAGCGACAAAGGGAAGGAAACAUUCAACAAGGAACAGACCGCCCAACCCGACCCGACGACGAGCAGCGACCGACCAAACCCACCUACGUUCAACAAAGUGGUAAAUGUUAUUUCUGGUGGAUCAGAUAUUUGUGGACUAACCUCUUCUGCAGCUAAAAAAAUCAACAGAGGAGAAUCAAGAGCCGUCAAAGAGGGGCAGACAGAGAAUGAAAUCAUAUUAAACAAGUCCCUGAUAGCAAUGGCUAUCACCUUCGACGACUCAGAUUCAGUAGAUACACGGCGAGAACACCAUGACGGGCUGGUAAUAUCACUUCCAAUAGGCAACGCCCUGAUCAAAAGGAUAUUGGUCGACAACGGAAGUUCAACAAACGUGUUAUUCUUGGAGGCGCUGCAGGAAAUGGGACUCGAGGAAAAGAACAUCAUUAAGAGAUCAACGGUCCUGGCAGGGUUCAGCGGAGAAUCAUUGCGAACUGUUGGAGAAAUAUCACUGCCCACCUAUGCAGAAGGAGUCAAUGUCAUGACAAAAUUCAACGUCGUCGAUUGCCCGUCAGCAUACAAUGUCAUAUUGGGACGACCAUGGAUCCACAAAAUGAAAGCAGUACCCUCGACGUACCACCAGUCAAUCAAAUUCCCGACCAAAUGGGGGGUCAUGGAAAUCAAAGGGCAGCAAAGAGAUGCAAAGAAAUGCUACGAAACCGCACUGAAAGCAUCAAAAUCCUCCAUCUAG